AUGGAUGACAUUCUCAAGUCAGAGCAAUCGAGCGUAGUUGGCCAACGCACAGUAUUCGGUUGGAUAUUAUCCGGACCAAUCGAAUGCACAAAUUGUUCAAUAAAGGUAUCUCUAUCAGCUGUACGAGAAUCUUCGAAUGAACAACUUCUAGAGCUUCUCCAGAAAUUUUGGGUCCAGGAAGAACUGCCAAACGAGAGAUCAUCAACAUCAGAGCUUUCACCAGAUGAGUACGAGUGCGAGAUGCACUUUAGAGCAACUCAUAGCAGAGACAACACCGGGCGAUACAUCGUGAGACUGCCCCUCAAAACUUCAGCAGCAGCGCUCGGAGAAUCGAAAUUCAAAGCAGCACGUCAACUCAAAUCGAUCGUGAGUCGACUCAACACAGAUCAAGCAUACUCCCAGUUGUACAGAGAGUUCAUCAACGAGUACGCAGCACUGGAACAUAUGAGAAUAGCACCAGAGACUCCAGAACCCGUGCCAGCUUACUAUCUGCCACAUCACGGGGUACUGAGAGAGGAGGCCAUCACAACGAAGCUGAGAGUCGUAUUCAAUGGCUCCAGCCCCAGUUCAUCAGGUAUGUCAAUUAACGAUAUACUGUAUUCUGGUGAAAAAUUACAGAACGAUGCAAUGGUUAUCCUGACUUGGAUGAGAAGGCACAGGCUCGUGUUUGGCACGGAUAUUGUAAAGAUGUUCCGCCAAAUACGAGUUCACCAAGAUGACUGGGAUCUUCAGAGAAUACUGUGGAUCGACGAGAAUCAACAACCAGUCACCUACCAGUUAACGACAGUCACCUAUGGACUAAAUUGCUCUCCAUGGUUGUCGUUACGUGUUUUUCAACAACUAGCAGAAGAUGAAGGGCACCGCUUCCCAGCAGCAGUAGAGACACUCACCAGAGGUCGUUACGUUGACGACAUUUACGGCGGUGCAGAAACAGAAGACGGUCUCAAGGAGAUCGCAACGCAACUACAAGGGCUUUGCCAUGCAGGAGGCUUCUCUCUACAGAAGUGGAGCAGCAAUUGUCCAGAAGCUCUGCAUGAGUUGGGCCUAUCAACUGACGAAGAAAUUAUCCAGUUCGAGGAGUCAGUCACCAAGGUACUUGGAUUGUGUUGGCAUCAAUCCACCGACACAUUCCGGUACAAAUCAAAGGAUUUCAAUACGGCGACAAUCACCAAGAGAGUAGUCUCUUCAGAAAUAGCCCAGAUUUUUGAUCCACUGGGAUUUAUCGCACCAGUUGUCGUCCAGGGAAAGAUUCUCCUACAAGAUCUUUGGAGAUUGAAACUAAAAUGGGAUGAUCCUCUUCCAGAUGAGUAUGUUCAACGCUGGAGGCCAUUCCGAGAGAAUCUCAACGACCUAGACCGAGUAACUGUACCCAGAUGGCUGAGAAUUUCAACAGACACUCAACAUCCAAAUUCAUGGAUUUGCAGACGCUUCAACGGUAGCCAUGAGUGCAGUGGUGUAUAUUCGCACCAAAACCAUCAACGACUCGACAUCAACAGUACUGGUAUGCGCGAAGACUAA